UGGCGUAGCGGGCUGGGGCGUGAGGGCCGCGGUCUCCACCUGGGACCCCCGCGUCGGGGCCGCAGCGUUGGUUGGGGUCGCCGCAGGCUGGGUCAGGGCGUCCGAAGCGCUGGAGGCGAGGGACGGCUCCGAAUGGGUCUGGAGCCUCGUGUGCCCAGGCGAGCAGAGGAGGACCGGUUUCCAGUACGGGGCGGGCGUUCUCCAGACACAGCUGUGCCGUACCCAGGUCCCCAGUGUGCAGAGAGCUGACGGCUUUGGGGGAACACUGACCUAGUGACAUCUCAAUGGCCUUGGGAGAAGAAAAGGCAAAGGUGGAGGUAUCCGCAAAGGCCCUGUCCUAUGGGCAGUGGAGCUGCGGGGAGCAGGAAGCGGAGACCCCAGGGCUCGCGAGCAGGGAGCGGGAGCAGCCAGCGGAAGCUGCGGGAGGGCUUGCAUCACCGAGCUGGGGAACAGAGGGGCCCCCUGCCCCUGCUUGCUGUGAUGGGGCUGCCCCCAGCCCCUCUGGAGCCUACCAGCCACAGGCCAACAGCACCAGGAGGGAGCCAGUAGCUGGUAGAUCUAAGCCUGUUCUUGGCUGCCUGCUUCCUCCUGCUGGCACGGCAACUGGAAACCUUUUGCACUCUCUGGAAAGCCAGAUGGAGACCAGACUCUCUGCCACAGAGGAACUACCUCAGACUCUUACAGCUCCCAGAGCUACAGGUCUCUGCUCAGGACAUGAUGCCAAUACCGAAGAUGACUCGUCCCCAGUUGAGUCGCCGCAGGUGCUGGACCUCAGCCAGCAGCCUCACCGUUCAGGUUUCCCUUUCCCGACAAGAUGGAGGUCUGUGGUGAGCCAAGGCGCUGCUACUCCAUUCUCCAGCCACAGCGUCUCUGCCUCUUCCCCGAGCAGCAGUCUCCAGGGUCACCAGGACAAGGUGGAACCUCAGAGUUGCCCCAUUGCCAAGGUCUCGUCCUCCCUGGAGCUGGCCGUGCCCCAGUCAGCCCCCUCUAUGGUGGGGCCAGGGCCACGGCUCCAGUGGUCACCACAGCUUGCGUCCUCCAGGGUCGAUGCUCUUGGGCAGGGCAGGAGGCGCCUCUCCUUCCAGGCCGAGUACUGGGCCUGUGUGCUGCCUGACUCAUUGCCUCCUUCCCCUGACCGCCACUCCCCACUCUGGAACCCAAAUAAGGAGUAUGAAGACCUGCUGGACUAUACUUACCCACUCAGGCCCAAGCCUUGCCUCCCAAAGCACCUUGACAGCCACAUGCUGGCUGACCCUGUCUUGCAGGACUCGGGUAUAGACCUGGAUAGCUUUUCUGUUUCCCCUGCAAGUACCCUGAAAUCCCCCGCUAAUGGCUCCCAGAAUUGCCCGUCAGCAGAGGCCUCUGCCCUGCCAUUCUCUAGGCCCGGAGAGCCGAGCCUUAUACGGUGGCCCUCUGGAGCACCCCAGAAGCCGGGCAGUGUGGGGUUGGCGCCGUGUAACCAGCUCACAUCUACCCCCAGAGCCCCGGGCAGUAGGGACGCUCCUUGGGGGAACAAAGAGCCAACCUUGAGUGUGAAGGACUGGCUGCCCAUGGGCAAGCACCCUGAGGUGGGCUCUCCCCAGCUGAGGACAUGGGAGAGAGGGUGGCCCUUGCCCAGGACAGAGAGAGAGAAGAGGGCCAGCCAGGGUGUCUGGCACCCGGCCUGCACGGAGUCUGGAUGGAAACCAGAAGAGGAAGUGGAAAGUGAUGACGAGUAUCUCGCCCUGCCCGCUCGGCUGACGCAGGUUUCUAGUUUGGUUUCAUGUCUAGGUUCCAGUCCCACCUUGGUGACCCUGCCCACCGGAGCUGCCGAAGGACAGCCCUCCCUCGACGUGUCAGACAGCGAUGGGUCUGCCUCCCUCCUGUCGGACUCCAGCCAGAGCCAGCUUCCUUCUGGGGCCACCCUCAGAGGGUCCAGGGGCCCUGCGGGCCAGAACCACCGUUUGCUCUGCUCCUUCGUCCAUGCAGGGAGCUCUGUGGGGGAAGGUGGUCUGGGGAGCAGCCAGGCCCUGGGAGUCUCCUCUGGACCCCUGACAGCACACUCUUUGCCAGCUAUGUGGGAUCAGCACGCAUUCUUAGCCCCAGAUGCUGAAGGGCAGCCUCCUGGGAAAGGAGAGCCCGGAAAAGAAUCACUCGUGCAGUGUGUGAAGACGUUCUGCCGCCAGCUGGAAGAGCUGAUCCGCUGGCUGUAUAAUGUAGCCGACGUCACCGACCACUUGAUUCCGUCCAAGUCCAAUCUUACAGGUCUCAAGUCUUCUCUGCAGCUUUACCGGCAAUUUAAGAAAGAUAUAGAUGAACACCAGUUCCUGACAGAGAGCGUCUUACAGAAAGGGGAGAGUCUUCUUCAAUGCCUGUUGGACAACACCCCAGUGUUAAAGGAUGUCCUCGGGAGGAUCUCGAAGCAGCCCAGUGAGCUGGAGAGCCAUGCAGAUCGCCUGUAUGAUGCCAUCUUAGCUUCCCUGGACAUGCUGGCUGGCUGCACCCUCUCCCCUGACCACACGCCGGCGGCACACGGGAGCACCGACGUGAAGGGGAUUAGCCUGGCGUCUUCUCAGGCAGAAAUGUAAUCUGUCGGCUAAAGCCUGGCUGGUGGGAAACUUUAAGGAAGACCUUGUAUCACCCAAUAUUUCUAAUGGCAUGGACUCUAAAGUGUAUGAUUCUAGUUAUCUCCUAAUUAGCUAUAACUUCAUAGUUGAGAGGAGACUUAACAUUUGACACAAGAAAAAUAAAUCCUAAUUUUCAGUUUAUCUUUCAUUCUUUGAUAGGAAAAAAAAAAAAAAAAGACCCUGAAAUUUUCUUUCUGAUCAAAAGAACACUGAUGGCCCUGGGACCACAUUAUUCACACCAUCUCUACACCCUCCUCCCUACUUUCUUGUAACAGCUAAUUUUUAAAUACUCAUUUUCCUCUUAAAAUCUUCCUCCAGCUCAUCCUAUUUCUGAACCACUCCUCCAUACAGAGACCACUAAUCUCGCUUUUGCAACUCUGAGAGGUCUAAUGACUAGCAAAUUGCUGCUAGUAUUUAAAACCAAGAACACAGUAUACAGCAAACAAUCCACCGCUCCUAUGAACUCUUGUCAAAAUGAUCAGUUAUUAAUUGAUCAUUGUAAGCAGAGUCUCUUGCAAGCAAAUGUACAACCAAUUACUAAAUUUUCUACUUAGGGAAAAUACAAAAUUUUGGUUGGUCAAUUUACUAGGUGUAAUGGAGGGGAGAAAACUAAUAUACCUGUUUUUUAAAAAGUACUGCCUUAAAUUGUUUAAUGCGUACUUUGUUUUUGAGAGAGGAAAAGAGUUCUUGGGCAGGGAAGGAGCGGGGAGAGGGUACAGAAGAUCCAAAGCAGGCUCUACACUGACAGCAGAGAGCCUGAUUGUGGAGCUCCAACUCACGAAUUGUGAGAUCAUGAUCUGAGCUAAAGUUGGAUGUUCAACCAACUAAGCCACCCAGGCGUCUCUAAUGUUCUUUAAUGUGACUUAUUUGAGAGUGGACAAAAUAAUUUGCCCUGUCAAUAAUACUGAUGCCAAAUACACAAAAUAAAAGAAUGUGAUACUUAUCCAA